AUGGCGAUGUUUGCACUGCUAUAGAAAAAAAAAACUCUGUAUGCAUUGUAUAUUCAUUGAAUUUGCUUUUCCCUAGAAACUAUGGGGAAAAAAAAUAUGAAUGUCAGGAAGGGACUGUCUAAUACGCCUUUGAAAACGAUCCCGAUAUUAUUUUAUUUUUUCUUCCAUAUAAUUUUUUUUUAAAAAAAGAUGUCUGAGCAAGCAAAGAUCAACACUGAUGAAAACGAAAAGAUAAAGACCCAAAUUGAUGCAUCCAUUGGCAUUGCACGAUCCUUGAUUCAUUCUUGGCUUCCUGCUGCCAAACCUGGAGAAGAAUCAGACGAUGAACAGGAUUCGACAUUGUUGAAAUAUUCCACAGGCAGACCUGACAGACUAGGUCUUGGUGCUAAAUUUUUGUCACAUAAUGAAGCCAUGCGACACACCUCACAAAACGGUAUGGCUUCGAAAGAAGCUUUACAACUCAAGAACAAAAUUUUGAAUGGAAACAGACGAGCU